CCAUAUUUAUACAACAACCAGUGACUCAUCAAUUAUCGCGGUGGAGAAAAUUCCUAUCUUUUUUCUUGGAGUAGGAUUAGGAUGUACCACUACGUCUUCCUCGCCGCCGUUGCGCUCCUCGCCGUCGUCGGCUACGGGGUCAAGAACCGACGCCGUCGAAGCGCCAAGCUCCCGCCAUCGCCGCCGUCGGUCCCGUUUCUCGGCCACCUGCAUCUCUUGGGCCCGCUCCUGCACCGCUCGUUGCACGAGCUGCACCUCCGGUACGGCACCGACGGCGGCCUGCUCCUCCUGCAGCUCGGGCGGCGCCGGACGCUGGUCGUGUCCACGGCGGCCGCCGCGGCGGACCUGUACAGGAACCACGACCUCGCCUUCGCCUCCCGCCCGCUCGUCGCGGCGGCGCACAAGCUGUCGUACGGCUCCAAGAACAUCACCUUCGCGCCGUUCGGGGAGCAGUGGCGCCGGGCGAAGAAGACGGCCGUCGUCCACGCCCUCUCGCCGCGGCGCGUCGAGGCGUUCGCGCCCGUGCGGGCCGCCGAGGCGGCGGCGCUCGUCGCCGCGACCCGCCGCGCCGCCGAUGCCGCGGCGGACGGGGGCGCCGUGGAGCUGAGGGACCUCCUGUACAGCUAUACCAACGCGGUGGUGACGCGCGCGGCGACCGGCGCCGCGGGCACGACGGCGGAGAAGCUGAAGCAGCUGCUCGGGAACGCCACGUCGCUGGUGGCCGGGGUCCAGGCCGACGACCUGCUGCCGGGCAUGGCGGCGAAGGCGGUGAGGUGGGCUACGGGGCUCGAGAAGCAGUAUGACGCCUCGAUGGAGGAGUGGGACAAGUUCCUCUCGCCGAUAAUGGCGGAGCACGCGGAGAAGAAGAAGAAGAAGCGAGAGGACAUCGGAGCAGGGGAGGAGGAUUUCAUAGACGUCUUGCUGCGUCUGAAAGAAGAAGACACCGAGCUCACGGACACUCACGUCAAGAGCCGCGUCGUGGAUUUGAUCGCCGCCGCAACCGAGACGACGUCGGUGACGCUGGAAUGGACCAUGGCGGAGCUCGCGGCGAACCCGCGGGUGAUGGCGAAGCUGCAGGAAGAGAUCGCUCGAGCGACCGGCGGGAAGCCGGCCAUCACGGAGGCGGAGGUGGGCGGCAUGGAGUACAUGAAGGCGGUGGUGAAGGAGGUGCUCCGGCUGCACCCGCCGGCCCCGAUCCUCGUCCCGCACGAGUCGACGGCGGCGGCGGCCGUGCAGGGGUACGAGAUCCCGGCGAGGACGUCGCUGUUCGUCAACGCGUGGGCGAUCGGGAGGGACCCCGCGGCGUGGGGCUCGCCGGAGGAGUUCCGGCCGGAGCGGUUCUUGGCCGGCGGACCGGCGGUGGACUUCCGGGGGAACGACUACCAGCUCGUCCCGUUCGGCGCCGGCCGGCGGAUCUGCCCCGGCAUCAGCUUCGCCGUGCCGGUGCUGGAGAUGGCGCUGGUCGCCCUCCUGCACCACUUCGACUGGGAGCUCCCCGCCGGCAUGCGCGCGGCGGAGCUGGACAUGAGCGAGGCGCCCGGGCUGACCACGCCGCUGCGCGUCCCGCUCCGCCUUGUCCCCAAGCGCAAGGCGCCGCUUGCCUAGACAUAUUUACAAACGAAAUGUAAUUGGUGAAUAAAACUUGGGUAUAGCUAUAUUUAUUACGCUAUAUUUUUCAUCAAAAAAUAGUCGGCAUGUAUUUACAUUGUAAGUCCCUAAAUUACAUAUGUAAUUUUAGUGUAUUUAUAAUGUAAGUCUCAAAAUUACAUA